AUGUCCGCACGCAAGUUCACCAUCACCGUGCCGUGCACGUCGUCCAACAUCGGGCCGGGGUUCGAUGUCGUCGGACUCUCCCUGUCGCUCUAUCUGACGCUCAAAGUCACGGUCGAUCCUUCGGGCAGCAACACCUCCCCCACGCUGGCAUACACAGGUCUCGGUGCGGAAGAAGCGCCUCUCGACGCCUACAAGAACCUCACCACGCGCACAGCUCUCUACGUGCUUCGCUCCAACGGUCACACCGCGUUCCCUGUCGGCGUGUCGAUCGAUGUGCACAACGAAGUGCCCUUUGGGCGCGGAUUGGGUUCUUCUGGCGCAGCCGUCGUAGCCGGUCUCCUUCUCGGAAACGAGCUCGGUCAAUUGGGGUUGGGCAAAGAUCGUCUGCUCGACCACGCACUCAUGAUCGAGCGUCAUCCGGAUAACGUCACCGCCGCGCUCAUGGGUGGUUUCGUCGGAUCGUACCUCCUCGAACUCUCUCCCGCCGAAGAGGAACGUCGUGAUGUUCCCCUCAGCGAAGUCAUCCCCGAAUAUCCCCCCAAUGCAUCGUUCGAUUGGGGCACCAACCCACCCUCCCCACCGAAGAAUAUCGGACACUAUAUCAGGUUCGGUUGGGCCCCCGAGAUCAAGGUCAUUGCGAUCAUCCCCGAUUUUCAGGUCUCCACGGCAAGCGCACGCAGCGUCCUGCCAGAAACCUACAGCAAAAAGGACCUCAUCUUCAACCUUCAGCGACUAGCAGUGCUGACCACUGCUUUGACGAGGAGUCCACCAGAUGAGUUUUUGAUCUACCAGGCUAUGCAGGAUAAAGUCCACCAACCGUACCGCAAGAACCUGAUUCCAGGACUCAACGAUGUACUGGCAAGCGUGACGCCGAAAACACACCCGGGGCUGUUGGGGAUCUGCCUCAGCGGGGCUGGACCGACCAUUCUGGCCCUCGCAACCGGCGGCGUGGAGAAGAUUGCAGAGGACGUGAUUAGGACGUUUAGGGAGAAAGGAGGUAUCGAGAGGUGCGAUGCCAAGUUCUUGAAGGUGACCGAGGAGGGAGCGCAGGUGACGCACGAGUAA